UUAUACACAGGGCGAGCCUUGUGGUCAUUUGAGUUAUGUUACUAUUAUCGUGCUUUAAAAGCGAAAGAAUGCUAACAACGAAAGGCAACUUCCUUGUAUCCUUGAUUGGCAGUGUAAGAAGAUGAAGAAACGUUCCUGAGCCGAGACACAACUGUUGUGAAGAGUUUAACUGGUGGAUCGCCGGCUUGCCGAAUGUGCUCCUUGAUGACGUGUCUGCACUCGGCAGCUACUGUAGCUGCAGUGACACUGCAAUGGCUGAGGGGCGGCUGGUGGAAGCUAGCAAUGAGCUCAUUCUCCCAGGAGGGAGCCAAGCUCACAGCGCAUCACUGGGAAACUGCAGCUUCUGCGUGAAAUACGUCCUUAGUCUGCCUCUGCUCCUGUCGGCCUGAUUCUUUACUUUUGGGGGUGUGUACAUGGUGUGAAAGAAAAUGUAGCUGAAACAAAGAAGGAAAGUGAAGCCUCAGACCUCAGAAAAGAGGGUUCUCCCUGCUGGGGGUUUCACCCUGUGGAACAUCAUCUCACAAUGUCCAAGAAGGGUGCCGGCAGCCGAGCUAAGGGAGACAGACCUGAUGCCUUAGCUGCUUUACAAGCUGCCAAUGAAGAGCUCAGGGCCAAACUGACAGACAUCCAAAUCGAACUCCAGCAAGAAAAGAGUAAGGUCAGCAAGUUGGAAAGAGAGAAAACCCAAGAAGUGAAACACGAGCAACACAAGUCUGCAGUGGUGGUGACGGAAUUGAAGGCCAAGCUCCACGAGGAGAAGAUGAAGGAGCUCCACACUGCGCGGGAGACGCUGCUGCGGCAGCAUGAGUCCGAGCUGGUCCGAGUCAUCAAGAUCAAGGACAGCGAGAUCCAGAGGCUCCAGGCCCUCGUCAACGCCCUGCGGGAUGGCUCUACCGACAAAGUGAAGACCGCUCUGUUCGCUGAGGCCAAGGAGGAGGCCAAGAAGGGCUUCGAGAAUGAGAAAUCCAGGAUGCAGCAGGAGAUAUCUGAGCUCAAGGGGGUUAAGAAACAAAUGGAAGAGGCUUUGAGCAUGGUUAUACAAGCUGACAAAAUCAAAGCUGCAGAGAUAAGGAGUGUCUAUCAUCUUCAUCAGGAGGAGAUCUCCAGAAUCAAAAAGGAAUGUGAAAGGGAAAUUCGAAGACUGAUGGAUGAGAUUAAGUUAAAAGACAGAGCAGUCUACGUGCUGGAAAGAGAGCUUGGGGUCCAAGCUGGGCAAACUCAGAGACUCCAGCUCCAAAAAGAGGCUUUAGAUGAACAGCUUGUCCAAUUCAAAGAGGCUGAACGACAUCUGAGUAGCCCGAAACGAGAGGCUCCUUAUGCAGGUGGUGCAGGAGACGCCUCAGAUCAUUCAGGAAGUCCUGAACAGCAGUUGGAUGAAAGAGAUGCUCGGCGUUUCCAGCUUAAGAUUGCUGAAUUGAGUGCCAUCAUACGGAAACUGGAAGACCGUAAUGCACUGCUGUCUGAGGAAAGGAAUGAACUGCUCAAGCGGCUUCGGGAAGCUGAGAGUCAAUACAAACCUGUACUGGAUAAAAACAGGAGACUUAGCAGAAAAAAUGAAGAGCUGGCCCAUGCCCUUCGUCGUAUGGAGAACAAAUUGAAAUUUGUCACCCAGGAGAACAUGGAAAUGAGAGAGAGAGUGGGAACCAUCAGGCGCCCAAGCUCCUUGAAUGACCUUGAUCAGAGUCAAGAAGAGCGAGAGAUUGAAUUUCUGAGGUUGCAAGUUGUUGAGCAACAAAAUAUCAUUGAUGAUUUGUCGAAGGCACUGGAAACUGCUGGUUAUGUAAAGAGUGUCAUAGAGCGUGAUAAACUUCUGAGGUACAGACGACAAAGGAAAAAAAUUGUCAAGCCAUGUAAGAAGCCGGUGGUAGAAACAUUCUUUGGAUAUGAUGAAGAUGCAUCUUUGGAUUCUGAUGGCUCCUCAAUCUCUUAUCAAACCGACAGGACUCCUUGCACGCCUGAUGAUGAUUUAGAAGAUGGCAUGGUCAAAGAAGAGACAGAACUGCGGUUUCGACAGCUGACAAUGGAGUACCAAGCAUUACAACGGGCCUACGCACUGUUGCAAGAGCAGGUUGGGGGAACAUUUGAUGCUGAAAGAGAAGUCAAGACGCGAGAACAACUACAGGCAGAAAUCACUCAAUACCAAACAAGAAUAGAAGACCUUGAGAAAGCUUUGUCACAGCAAGGCCAGGAUAUGAAAUGGAUCGAAGAGAAACAAGCCCUCUAUCGGAGGAACCAGGAACUUGUUGAUAAGAUUAAACAAAUGGAGACAGAGGAAUCACGGCUGAAACAUGAUAUCCAGGAUGUUAAAGACCAAAACGAACUUUUAGAGUUCCGUAUCCUAGAACUUGAAGAGCGGGAGAGAAGAUCCCCUGCAAUCAACUUUCAUAACAUUCCGUUUACAGAAGGCAUGAGUCCUCUGCAGGUGUAUUGCCAAGCUGAGGGUGUCAAUGAUAUUGUAAUUACAGAGUUGAUGAAAAAGUUGGAUAUUUUAGGAGAUAACGCCAACUUAACCAAUGAAGAACAAGUAGUUGUCAUUCAAGCAAGGACAAUUUUGACCUUAGCGGAAAAGUGGCUCCAGCAAAUAGAAGUCACCAAAUCAGCUUUACAGCAAAAAAUGCUGGACCUUGAAAAUGAAAAGGAGCUCUUUAGUAAACAGAAAGGGUAUCUGGAUGAAGAACUGGACUACAGGAAACAGUCAAUGGAUCAAGCACAUAAGCGGAUCCUUGAAUUGGAAGCCAUGCUGUUUGAUGCCCUGCAGCAGGAAGCUGGAGCCAAGAUGUCUGAGCUGCUCUCAGACGAGGAGCGGGAGACUUUGAAGUACGCAGUGGACCAGUGGAAACGGCAGGUGAUGAGUGAGCUCCGAGAGAGAGAUGCUCAGAUACUCAGAGAGAGGAUGGAGCUGGUUCAUCAUGCGCAACAGAGAAUUAAAGAGCUAGAAGAAAGAAUAGAAGCACAGAAACGACAGAUAAAGGAAUUAGAAGAGAAGCCUUCAUUCUUUGGUCAUAGCUCUUCCAGUCAGCCAAAACAGUCACCAGGUGAACAAACAGUUUGGUGCAUCUUAAGUAAGAAGAUUGGAGUUGUCCAAGACAUCACAACACACAAGAAGGACAAGCUGAGUUUGAACACCUCGGAGACAUGGCAUUUGUGUUUCCUUUCAGGAAAUUAUUUUUUGGCUUUUUUUUUGGAUCCAGAUGCUAAAACAGUGGAAAUGCGACACUGUUUUGAAGAUAUAAGAAAACAUUUUUGAACGAAAUAACAGAAAGCCUAAAAAAGGUACCAUAUAGAAAAGUUGUGAAAUUUUGUGCACACAAUUUAAGAACUCUUAAAUUGAAGAUUUUUCCUGCUAGGCAGGUGGUACACCCGGCUGCUUCUAUAUAGAAGCAUGAAGAAAUAAACUGAUGUGCCCUACUGACAUCUCACUUCUCAACAAGGGAUGGUUUUAGAAACAUUUUCAGCAGUUUCAUGAAGACAGUGUUCCAGAUUCCAGUGAAAGUGGAAGAUGCUAGGGCCCAUACAAUAAGUGUUUCAAAUUAAAAAUAAGCCAAACAAUGGAAUAUAGUUUUAAAAACAGAUUGUAUUGGAUACAUUUUCAAUAAAUACAUGAGAAGAUUACAGAACUAUCAAGGACUGAUUUUUUUUCUGUUGGAAGGGGACAUAAAAAAAUAAAUAUUUAGUUCCUAAAGAUGACUGUCUACUUUCCCAAUAUUUUAAAACUGAGAUAUUUACCUCAAUCAUGUGGUGCUUGUAAAAUAAUAUUUUUGUUUUUAUAAAAGGACUCAGUGCAGGAGCAUCUCUGAACUCUAGAAUAAUUACACGUCAUAGGCUGGAAGCUGAAAGAAAACAGUGUCAUAUGUAUGUUGCAGCGAUAUUAUAUAUUAUAUAGUAUCACCCAUUUAAGAAAGAGAUUCAACUGGUACAUAGGCAAGCCAGAGUUUCAGUUCACCUAUCAAGGAAGAUGGAAGAUAUGAUGAAAACGUAUACUUGGAUUCUGAAUGGAUCAAAAAUUAUGUCUGAUAUUAAUGGAAGUUGAAACCAAAUUAGACUUAAUUUCAACAAAGACAAUGGUGAAGUCUUUCAGAGUGAAUUGAAAGAGUUCCUAUCCACCCCAAAAUAAAAUUUCACAGUCUUUUCAGACUAUAAAACCUUGAAGAUUAAUAAGUUAAUGCCACUCUUCGUCAUUCCAAUGGGAUAUAGUAGUGGCACAGCACUCCUGGUAUUCUGAAACUAUGGUAUAUACCUGUGGUGGAACAUCCCAAAAGAUAUUUCCAAUAACAGGGAGAGAACAACACCAGAGGAAUAUGAUGACCUGUUUUUUAACCAGCUGUGUAAAACUGCCAGUCUCCCUACCAACUCUGAAAUUGUACCAACCAGGUCCUCUAUGAGUUUUCAGUUUAAUUUAUUUGCAAACAUAUUUUUAUUUUUUAGAUUAAUUUAUUUUAUUGGGCAACAAAGAACAGCCUAUCCAAAAAGUGUAUUGAUUAAAUAAAAACAAUUUGAUAAGCACACUUCAGCAACAGGAGUGUCUCAGUUAUCUCAAAUUAUAGAUGUAAAAUAUGUCUCAAGAUGGUUUAUUUUAGAAAAUGCCAUUACCCAAUAAUAUACUGUACAGACACUGCUUUAAAAAUAGGCAAGAAAGUACAAAAAUAUUCAGUUUUCUUUUGACACGUUUAUUCUUGCAGUUUGUAUUCUUUACUUAAGAAUCCCUAAAUGUACUUAAUAUCACUUUUGUUUCUUUUUUUCCCAUUGGCUGAGCAGUCGGUCCUUGUAUUAUCUAUGUUUAGCUUAUAUCAUUGUGUCUGCUGUUAAACUAAUUGCCAACAUUUACUCUAGGAAGGCUAAAUGUAUGAUAAAUUGGUUGAAUGUACAGUACUAUGCAGGUACAUCUAAAUCUGCCUUAAUUAAAAUUAUUUUUAUGAGGACCUUAAGUCGUUGGCCUGCUUGAAAAAGAAAGAUCUGCUGCAAAUGGUGUGACAAGGUUUGCACGAUUUAUUUUGUACAGCACAGAACGCAUUCCUAUGUAUAAUCGGAUGCAAAGGCAAGUAAUUUUUAAACCUAGCACAUUUAAUUUAAUACUCAGGCCAAGCCUUAGCAUGUUGUAUAUACUGUAUGUAUAUCAUGGUGUCAUUCAAAUGUAUUUUGCACAGAACAAAAAUUGACAAAGAGUCUGAAGCAAAUAUUGAUCAAAAAGAAGAUGCGCAGAAACAAGGCAUGUAAUAUGAAAAGGUGAUUGGUACCAAAAUAUACUUGUAUGUAACAAAGGAUAUUUGUACAGAAUCAAUAUAAUGGCUAAAUUAUUAAGUUGUGUUAUUUUCAGUAAACUGUAGCCAUAUGGCACUCAAAAACACUUGCAUUAGCCUUUAAGACUCCAAGUUUGUUCCAUUUAUGAAUAAUGUUCACAAGACACAGAAAACUGAUGUUACAGUAAGUUAAGCUAGUUAACUUUAUGAAUUAUCUAGUUAUCUUUAUUAUUAAAAUAAUUGAUAUGGAAUCAAAAAGACAACAUGUCUGAGUCCUGGCUAGUUAUCUAACUUAGGAUGGAUGCUGGUGGGCAAAAUUCACAUUAUACUGUAUUUGUGUAAAAAGAAAAAUCAGAUGAUCUACUUCUGGUCAAAUCACAACAUUGUAAUUCACAAUGACCAGGCCCUCAUGAGGUUAAUUAUUAAUAAGAGAAAGAGAUAGCACAAUAAUUUUACAAUGCUGUGAGAUAUAUAUUUAAUAUAGAGUGAAAAAAAUGUAAGUUUGAAAAGAAAAAGAGAACAGCCACUACUCCUCAGUAUUUCAGACACAGAGACACACGGGGGGAUUGCUGUCUAACUGUCCUAGCAAGAAAACAUAUUUGAAAUAAACUUGAUUACUAAAGAAUAAAUUGAAAAGGUUUGUAAAAUGUUUCCCUACGUUACUAUUAAUAAAUUUGUACUUUUUGUGACUUUCUGUUAGAAUCAAUCUUUUUUGUAUUUUGGAAAGUUUGUCAUUAUUUGCAGAUUAAAUAUGCAAGUGUCUCUGAGAUUGUCUAAACUAAUAUCCAUUUGAACUUCAAACUUUCAAAGCUGACCCCUGGUAUAUACUUUUACUGUGUGUAUUCCAGGGUGUGCCUAUAUAGUUCAAGCUGUUAAAGGACAGUAGCUGUUAUAUGAAGUAUUAUAAACAAUAAUUAAAGCCUUCACUAAACCCUCAGUGCCUUACACAGCUUGAUAACAAAUAAGUUUUACCUUUCUUUCAACUUGUGUAUUUGCAUAGUUCAAGAUCUCUUAUGUAUUCUGUAAACAAGAGACCAGAGUUUAAAAUUGCAGUGUCAGCACUCAAACACUAGGUUAUCUAAUGGAUUUUAUGGAUUUAGUUUAGACUCAGGAAACCAUAUUGUGAAUAUUUGUAUUAAAUCAUGUUUAUUUCUUGUAUAUUUUAUAAAAGGGUCUAUUGUAAAUAUAUGCAAGAGUUAUAAAUAACAGCUUUUAGCUUCUGGCUAUACAGGUCAAAAGUAUGUAAUUUGUUUUGUGAUCUGCAUUAUAAUCACUUAAUAUUCAUACCUUAAUUAUUUAAUGUUUGGUUAAGUGAGAAACAAAUAAUUUUCAGCCCUUAAACCGGGACUAUUUGUUGAUCAGCUACAAGAUUUUACACAUAUUUUUGUAUUGUGAUCCAUGUAUAUUAGCUCUUUCUAUUCAUUUGUAAAAUGCAUAUAUUAUUGUAAUUUUUUUAAUAAAACAUAAUUGUUUUAUUGCUUCAUGA